AUGGCCCGGAUGAUGCCUGACGCGGUGGCUUGGACCUCCAGCGGCAACGCCAAGCUCCACCUGCACGACGUCGAGCCUCCCGCUGCUUCCUCUGCUGCUGCUGCUCACGCCCGUGCCAAUUGGGAGCCCUACGACUUUAACGGGGGCACGGUAUUGGCGAUUGCAGGCACGGAUUUCGUCGUCGUGGCUGGGGAUACGCGCUUGAGCACGGGGUACUCGGUCCUGAGCCGCAACGAGAGCAAACUGCACGCCCUGACGGCCACGACCGUGCUGGGCUCUCCCGGCUCGUACAAUGACGUGCUCCAGCUGCGGGGCGUGCUGGAUAUUCGGGCCCAAAUGUACGAGCACGACAACAAGACGGCUAUGACCUUGAGCGCCGUGGCGCAGCUGCUCAUGAACACGCUCUACUCGCGCCGCUUCUUCCCGUACUAUGCCUUUUGCAUCUUGUGUGGCAUUGACGACGAUGGCAAGGGCGUCGUCUAUACGUACGACGCGAUUGGCUCGUACGACAAAGUCACUCGAGCCGCGCAGGGAUCCGGUGGGCACUUGAUGAUCCCGUUGCUGGAUAACCUCGUGGAGCACGACACGCGGUCGGACCCGAAGAAGGAGCUCACGCUGCAGGAGACCAAGGACAUUAUCAAGGACGCGUUCAUUACUGCUGGCGAAAGAGAUAUUUACACGGGCGACAGCGUGGAGAUCUGGACGAUCAAGGCGUCGGGCAUUGACAGCGAGACGUUUGCGCUCAAGAAAGACUAG